AUGGCCCUUUCCUUCAGCAUUUAUACAAUAUUUUCCUUGGUUCUUUCGGUUAUCGCAUGGAAAAUAUUUUAUAAUCGACACCUUCACCCUCUCAGUUGUUACCCGGGUCCAUUUAUUUGGACUGUGUCGAGGGUUCCUUAUGCGGCAUAUUACGCCCAGGGUAAGUUGCAUAGGCGAGUGCAGCUACUCCACGACCAGUAUGGGGACGUUGUCCGAGUCGCUCCAGACGAAUUGAGCUACCGGAACCAGCAAGCAUGGAAAGAUAUCCACGGCCACUCACGGAACUUUCCAAAAGACAUGCGAUUUUACCAUAUAUCCAAAAACAAAGCUCCAAGUGUUCUGGUCGCUCCGGACGGUGUCCAUCGCCGUCAAAAGCGAGCCAUUCUCCGGGCAUUUUCAGAACCAGCACAGAAGUCGCAUGAGUGUCUUCUGCACCCAUUCGUCGAUACUCUUAUUCACAAGCUGCAACAGAAGGUCGAAGAUAAUAAUAGCGUCGUGGACAUAACAGAAUGGUACAAUUAUGUUAUGUUCGAUUUCAUGGCGCUCGAGCUGUUCGGCGAGUCGCUGGGUUGCCUUGAGGAUGGGGUGUACCAUCCCUGGGUGGAUAUGCUCUUCGGAUCGAUCAAAGCAUGGGCCUUUCUCAGCCAAUCCAAGUAUUUCCCGACAAUCUCCUGGAUGAUUAAAAUUGCAGGACUCCUUUUCUAUAGCGAUCUGCUCCAACACCGAACCACCAAAUUCGAUUCCAUUGCCGCUAGGGUUCCAGGGGAUGUGGAGUCCGAUUUAGACCAGCCAACCUUUACCACAUACAUCAAGGCCCGAAAUGACCCUCAGUCGAUCCUUUCCAGGGAGGAAAUCUUAUCCAAUCACAGCUUCAUGAUGAUGGCAGGCAGUGAGACCACCGCUACCCUGUUAUCUGGCUGUACAUUCUACAUCCUGAAGCAUCCAGAGGUGCACAAAGAAUUGUCUUGCCUGAUACGGAACCGCUUCUCCUCUCCCUUGGAGAUAACAUUCUCAUCACUAGCGGAUAUAUCAUACCUACGGGCUGUGCUCCAAGAAGCAUUGCGCAUGUACCCACCGUUGCCGCUCGGCAUGCCGCGUGUUGUACCGAGUGGGGGCGCCAUAGUGUCAGGGCAGUUCGUACCUGAGAAGACAUCUGUUGCCAUCGCUUCAUGGGCGACCUACCAAUCUUCGUCCAACUUUAAGGAUCCCCAAUCAUUUCUCCCAGAACGCUGGCUGGAUAUGGGCCCUGGGGAUAAUGAUAUCAAAGAUGCCAUGCAACCCUUCUCAGUGGGCCCGCGGGCGUGUCCAGGAAAGAUGCUGGCCUUUGCAGAGGCAAGCCUAAUUCUUGCACGAUUGAUAUGGGCAUUCGAUUUGGAGCUGUCCCCCCAGUGCUCCAACUGGGCGGAUCAGCGUGCCUAUAUCAUUUGGGACAAGGGACCACUUCUAAUCAAACUGAAGGCACCCUCUUAA